AUGAAGAAAAGAAACUUCAGUCUUGCUUCUAGAUGCCCUUUCUGUAGAAAUGAAGAAGAAAAUGUUGAACACAUUAUGUGGAAGUGCAACCAUAGUGAAAUUUUGUGGAAAUGGCUUGGGGACAUGUUAUGUUUUAAAAAUCCAAUUUCCUUUGAAGAGAUAUUUGAAAUGGCAAAACAUAAGAGCUCUGCAGUUAAAGAAAUAUGGAUGAUAGCUGCUUUCAUUACUCAUAGUGAACUCUGGUUCAUGAGAAAUGAAUGUGUGUUUGAAGAUGCAAGAUUCAAUGCCCAAAAUAUUCAGUCUAGAAUUCUAAAACUUACUACAGACAGUGAAGUAAGAAUGAAGUGUAAAAUGUGGAACACAGAAUAUGACUUGCAGAUUCUGAAGGUUUUCAAUAUGAGCCGUAGAAGAAUCUCUUCCACAAGAAUAAAAGAAAUCUUGUUUUCUCUGCCAGUGAACAAUCAGGAAUGUCAGGGUGGUUUGGGAGUAGCUACAAAUUAUUUUGCAGAAGUCAUGGAAUUACUGUGUGCUGGAGAAUGGGCUAUCAUGAAUGGAAAACUGAAGGUUAUCUUUAGAAUAGACUCAAGAGCAGUUAUUACAGCUUUUUCAUCUGGUCACAUUCCAUGUUACAGAGAAGUAAACUUCUCUGCAGAUGCUAUGGCAAAAAAAGGAGCAAAUAUGGCAAGAGGGGAAAGCUUAUUCUUCACAGGAAAACCUCCAUUUUUACACAGUAUGGAAGUGGAAUUUCACCCUACUAUAGAUUUAGCUAAAUAUUUCAUAUAA